GUCAGUAGAUUCCACCAAAAGUAGCACACCAAAUAACAGGUCAGUAGAUUCCACCAAAAGUAGCACACCAAAUAACAGGUCAGUAGAUUCCACCAAAAGUAGCACACCAAAUAACAGGUCAGUAGAUUCCACCAAAAGUAGCACACCAAAUAACAGGUCAGUAGAUUCCACCAAAAGUAGCACACCAAAUAACAGGUCAGUAGAUUCCACCAAAAGUAGCACACCAAAUAACAGGUCAGUAGAUUCCACCAAAAGUAGCACACCAAAUAACAGGUCAGUAGAUUCCACCAAAAGUAGCACACCAAAUAACAGGUCAGUAGAUUCCACCAAAAGUAGCACACCAAAUAACAGGUCAGUAGAUUCCACCAAAAGUAGCACACCAAAUAACAG